GAAUAUUUUCAGUAGUGUGUUAAGUGUUUGACAGACGCCAGAUUUUGUUUUAGUAAAAUGGAUAAAAUCUAAUAAUUUCUCAAUUAAUUGCUGCGAAAAUGCAAACUUUCGAAUCGGAAUCGAGAAUUCUCUUCAAAAAUCAAAUGGCAAACCUACAAAUUAAAAUUGAACCGACCAGUUACGAUUUCCCUCCAAGAUCGGGAGAUUUGUCACAGAUUCACGACGAAAGCUCUACAUCUGGUGACGACUUCAGUGUGGCAUUUUCUCAGUGGCCAACAGAAUCAUCAACUGACAAUGAUGAUAGUUUCCGGAUGGUGGACCUUUUUUGGCCCAUUCUUAGCAAAAACGUUAUCGACGACAAGUGUUGUGUUUGUACCAAACAAAAUUGCGAUAGCCGACGUCACUCAACAAAGUCGCAAUGGAUAUAUCCGACCUGUGAGAAUUGUGGCAUUGAAAUGAAUGAUCUGGUUGAGUUGAUCAUUAACCGGUCCGCACGGAAUGUCGACAGUUGUGAAGUUUGUUUAAUCAAAUACCAACCGAAUGAUCCAGAUAGCAGCAGUCAUGUGUUGAGGCAUUUCGAACGCGAAAAUGUAUCCUCAAUUGAUCAACUGUGCGCUGACUGUUCGAGUGCAUCGAAUGAGGAUGAAACGAAUGAUUAUUUGUUCAUGGAAAAAUUGGAAGAAGUUCAGCUGGUCGAUUGUAAAUGGUGUUGCAAUACAGUUUGUGCCAGUGCGAUAAAACAACAUCAACGGCGGUGCUACAAGAAACCGGAGCGAAUAAAGAAUCCAGACCCACGUCCCCAGAUAUUCGACUGUUCACAUUGUCCGAAAAAGUACAGCAGUUACAAGAACCUGUGCAAUCACAUCAUGAGUGUCCACGAUCCGCCUUCGAAUCAAGUCGGCUUUCAGUGUAGAUUCUGUGACGAGUCGUUUACGCGGGCCCAGCGAUUAAUUCACGAAAAAGAAGUCCACAUGCAUCCGGUUACCGGCCUGUAUCAAUGCGAGUACUGCGAUCGGCAAUGCAAAUCAGCCUCGGAAAUGGAGUACCACCGGUUCAAGCACACGGUACCGUUCAGUUGUGACAUAUGCGGUCAUCGCUGUGGAAUGAAACGGCGCUUGGAGGAACACAUGCUCACGCACAGUAAUGUUCGGGACCAUUCGUGCGAAAUAUGCGGAGAAGCAUUCAAAACGCCCCAUUUGCUGAAGCGCCACAAAGAACGGCGUCACUCGAACGUUAGACCAUUCCAAUGCAAGCAGUGCGAUAAGGCGUAUAAAGAUGCGACCGAUCUGAGGCGACAUGCGCGCAGUCACGGUGGCGUGGAGAAAAAUUUCAAGUGCGAUUUAUGCGAAAAAGCUUUCUUUGAAGCUAAGCUUCUUCGGUACCACAAGCGGACGCAUGAACGACAUGGUCGCGUGAACAAAAUCAAUGCCGUGCUAAUGGUGAAAGACCUUGAGGCUGAUGAGGACGAAGACAAUGUUUUGAUAAUGGACCACUGACCCAUUUGGCACCGGUAACCACAUUUUAUUUGUAGUUUAGCAUAUGGAAAUUCGACCGGAAAUAAGACAAUUAAUUUUACGUAAAUAAA